AAAGAUGGCAAAAAUCCCCAGGACUACAGAUUCUGGAACACCCAGCCAGUGCCCCGAUUAGACGACCUGAGCCUUUCAACCGAAAACGCUGCUCCUGCAAACUCACAUCCCGACGGCGCAAUCCUCCCCAUCGCCUCAUGUCAAGAACUGGCAAAAGCUCCUCCAGAGCCUUUAAUCCAAGGCUUCGAAUGGUGCGAAAUCGACGUCAAUGAACCUUCUGAACUCCUGGAACUGCAAAACCUACUCUACAACCACUACGUAGAAGAUGACGAUGGCUCUUUCCGUCUCAAUUACUCCACCGAUUUCCUAGCCUGGGCACUUCGCUCACCCGGCUGGUCAAAAGACUGGCACAUAGGCGUCCGCACAACAUCCAAAAACGGCAAGACAGGUAAAUUAGUCGCUUUUGUCGCCGGUGUGCCUAUAACGCUUGGAGUACGCGAAAAUGUUAUCAAAGCUGUCGAAAUCAAUUUCCUCACUAUACAUCAAAAGUUACGUGGGAAAAGACUGGCCCCGGUGCUUAUCAAAGAGAUUACGAGGAGAUGUUAUGCAAAGUGUGUUUAUCAAGCGCUUUACACUGCUGGGACUGUGUUGCCAGCUCCUGUGGCUAGUUGUCGGUAUUAUCACAGGACGUUGGAUUGGGAUCAUCUUUACAAGACUGGGUUUUCACAUUUGCCGCGAGGAUCUACGGCUCUGCGGCAAAGUGUCAAGUAUAGACUUGAGAAGAAGACUGCGACGAAAGGGUUGAGGAAGAUGGAAGGGGAAGAUUUGGCUAGGGUUUGUGAGUUGUUGAACGCGUAUUCGAGCAAGCACAGUCUGAGACAGCAGUGGACGGAGCAGGAAGUUCUGCAUCAUUUUUGCUCGGAAGCUUCGAAAAACAUCGUUUCGAGUUUUGUCGUCGAGGUGAAUGGCAAGAUCACAGACUUCAUGUCCUAUUAUUUGCUCGAAUCAACCGUCCUCCGCUCUGCGUCCACAAACGAAACAAUACGAACAGCAUACCUCUACUACUACGCCAUCUCUCCACACCCAACCCCAACUUCUGCAGACCUUCAAGCUACACACAUCCAGUCCCUAAUCCACGAUCUCCUGAUCCUAGCAAAAAUCUCCAACCACCACGUCUUCAACGCCCUAACGAUAAUGGAUAACCCUCUUUUCCUGACACAGCAGAAAUUCGAACCUGGGACUUCGUAUUUGCAUUUCUAUCUCUUUAAUUGGAGGACUGGGAAGGUGGGGAAUGGUGUUGAUGAGGCAGGGCGGGCGAAUAUGGCGGAUGGAGGGGGUGUUGGCGUGGUUAUGUUGUGA